CCCUCUUUCGCCUCCCUUCAUGUGUUGUGGUAGCGGAGAUGAUUACUUCUCCGUUUAUCUUCCUUCAAGUUUUAAUCGUGUUCCCCUCCGCGGCUUCACCUUCCCGACGUUCUGGAUCAGCGGCACGGUGACGCCCUCCCCUUUCAGGGCAGAGGCUCGAUGAUGGAAGAGAAGUACGAGGAGGACACGCACGCACACGUGCACCGCACCCGCACCCUCCCUUCCCCCCACCACGCCUCGGCUCGGCCAGUCAACCCAACGAACCUCGGCCGCGUCAUGGGCGACGCCACGGGCCCGGCGAGCACCAAGCCGGCGGAGCUGGACGUGCCGCUCAGCGCCCUAGGCUUCGAGAUGGAGGAGGUCUCGCCGUCGCGGCUCACCGGCCGCCUCGUCGUCACGGACACCUGCUGCCAGCCGUUCAAGGUGCUGCACGGCGGCGUGUCGGCGCUGAUCGCGGAGGGCCUGGCGAGCACAGGCGCACACAUGGCCUCGGGAUACCGCCGCGUCGCCGGCAUGCAGCCCAGCAUCAACCACUUCCGGAGCGCCGCCACCGGCGACACCGUCCUCGUGCGCGCCGUCCCCGUCCACAUCGGCCGCUUCACCCAGGUAUGGGAGGUGAAGCUAUGGAAGAUGGAUGCACCCACACAGGGGGAAGGGCCUCAAAUCGCCGAGGCAAGGGUCACGCUCCUCUGUAAUCUACCGGUGCCGGAUGAGAUGAAAAGUGCGGGAGAAUCCCUUAGAAAAUACUCUAAACUGUAAAACCCGGGACAAAUUAAGCUUGACAUGGGAUUAUCCAUUGAUGUGCGAUUAUCUUUCUUUUUUCGAAAAGGAGGAUGGUCCCCAGCCUCUGCAUCUGGACAAUGCAUGCAACCAUUUUAUUAAUUAUUCACAAAGACGUUACAAAAUAAUACAUCAGUAAGUUUGAAGCCACCUUCUUGUCAACAUCUGUCGCUACUCCUAUCCACUGGAUGAAGGGGUGCCGAAUGUUCGAACCAAAUACCAAACAGACAUUGUACUAAAUCCUAACAUCUAAAGCCGGAGGCCCCAAGUAAGCCGCAUUGUCGGGUCUGGGGCACACACCGGUCCGGCGCACUCUCAGAGGCCGUCGCCGCCAUCUUUCACAGGUCCAUCUUCAGAGCAGAAACAAGCUUUGUGUGUGUGGUUGAUGAACCUUACUAUGCAGCAACUAAAUUGGCAUGUGCUUCAAUUUUGUAUGUAUUCAUUAUUCUAGUAUAUAUAUGCAGUAACUCUGAUCUGUGAGCAAAUAUUAAAGGGCCUACUAUGUAAAAGGCUAUCAUAA